CCUGCCCUCCCCCAAGCUUUGCUACUGGCCACCUGCCGCCGCCCGUCCCGCCUGGAAUGCUGACUGGCAGUUGGCCAGGGUGGGGGCUGGGGACAGACGGUUAUAAAACUGGGCGCACCUGGGAGGCCGCCGUCCCCCUCUGCAGCCCGCCGCGGUCGCCAGUGCCACCAUGUCCGCUCACCGCCUCGUGAUGGUCCGGCAUGGCGAGAGCACCUGGAACCAGGAGAACCGCUUCUGUGGCUGGUUCGACGCGGAGCUGAGCGAGAAGGGGGCCCAGGAGGCCAAGAGGGGCGCCCAGGCCAUCAAGGACGCCAAGAUGGAGUUUGACAUCUGCUACACGUCGGUGCUGAAGCGAGCCAUCCACACCCUCUGGACCAUCCUGGAUGGCACGGACCAGAUGUGGCUGCCCGUGGUGCGCAGCUGGCGCCUCAACGAGAGGCACUACGGGGGCCUCACGGGCCUCAACAAGGCCGAGACAGCCGCCAAGCACGGGGAGGAGCAGGUGAAGAUCUGGAGGCGCUCCUUCGACAUCCCGCCGCCCCCCAUGGAUGAGAAGCACCCCUACUACAACUCCAUCAGCAAGGAGCGGCGGUAUGCAGGUCUGAAGCCUGGGGAACUGCCCACUUGUGAGAGCCUCAAGGACACCAUCGCCCGGGCCCUACCCUUCUGGAACGAGGAGAUCGCCCCCCAGAUCAAGGCUGGCAAGAGAGUGCUCAUCGCGGCCCACGGGAACAGCCUGCGGGGCAUCGUCAAGCACCUGGAAGGGAUGUCGGACCAGGCCAUCAUGGAGCUGAACCUGCCCACGGGGAUCCCCAUCGUGUAUGAGCUGGACCAGGCAUUGAAGCCCAUCAAGCCCAUGCGGUUCCUGGGUGAUGAAGAAACCGUACGGAAGGCCAUGGAGGCUGUGGCCGCCCAGGGCAAGGCCAAGUGAAGGGUGGGCUUCUGGCAAUAAAGGCACCUCCACCUACCA